UACAUUACUCCACAUGGCACAUAUGUUCUGAUCAAAUGAUUUCAUUAGACUUACAUGCAUAUACAAAUACACAAGUCAACUUAAUAUCGUGUCGGCGUUUGUUGUCCGGUAACCGUAGCAACGAGUCACCGCACCACUCAGGCGCGAGUUGCUGCCGUCGUCAUAUGGAUGGUCGGUCGGUCGGUCAGUCACAAGUAUUGCAACAAGAACUCUCUUGGUUAGAUCGGGCUGCCUGCCACAGGUUCGCUUGUGAAGUUCAAGACGACGUCUGAGUAUCUCGCCUUAACAUGACGUCACCCGCGGAGGGCGUGACCCGAGAGUCCAUGAGGGACGACUCAUUGCCGAGGGCUCCGCCUUUGACUGGGGGAGCCAGCAGCAGGUUCCCUGCAGACGUGGCCCAAGCCUUGUCACGUUGGAGCGUCCAGUGCCGACAGCAAGUCCCGCCCCCGCGUACCCCCCUGACCGUCCCCGACUUUGUGACUCUCAACCAGGAAGCCAUCAAGUCCGGUUGCGUGACGGCCAAACAGCUGAGGGAGUACAGAGCACAGAUGGGUGUGGUCAAGCACAGCGCCGCCUCCAAAGCGCACAGAGGCCGAGCUCCGCAACGCCCGCAAGUCCCGGACAUCACCUUUGGGGUCAAGACGAGGCCGAGAUCCCCGCUCUUCGACCUUUUGUCUCAUGAGUACGGUCGGCGCUGGCUGGAGGACAACGUGAAAAGCCGUAACGAGCACGCACGACGCCGCCACGCGGUGAAAUGUGUGCCCUUUACACACACGCGCACUUCUUUGCUACGUAAUAACCCUGCGCCUCCUCACAUGAAGACACGCACACAGACGUGUGCACGCUACGCACAGGUGGGCCCUGCUCUGGACACUUUCAGCAAACGUCGCCAUGCAAAGCCCACAGUCAACAAGGCAGCCGGUUAAGGCAACGAAUGGCGAGGUCGGCCGCAGCACCAACUCAACAAUGCCGUCAUGUGCGUGAUGGCAAUCAAUAAAAGUUGGAGGUGAAGCUA